AUGGAUCCCCACACCCAGUCCGGCGCCAUUUCCCUCGUGCCCCUUGACACUCAGAGGUCGUCUCCGCCUUCCGAUGGCGCACACAUUGUCCAGGAGCAGGCUAGCCUUGCCUUUGUCAAGGGCGGAAAGCGAAAAAGGCUGAGCAAGGUGAGAUUUCACUUGACUCGCGGUUACGACCUCGCCAACGUCAUCCGCGCCAGGCCUGCGAUGCGUGCCACAAAAGCAAGCGGCGCUGCGACGGUACAGGUCAGUGCCAGAGCGUCCAUUUGCCUCGAGCUUGCUCUCAUUGCUCCUAUUCGUACUCCCAGCGCCGUGCAUUAUUUCGCCUCAAAGAAAUGCACAUACACCGAUUCGUCUGGUCGCCCCGUGCCAGCACCGCGGAAUGGGAACCAAGAGCGUCCCAUGGGCCCGAGUCUGGACAUUCCCACGAAUCAUGCAGGAGAUCUGUCCCCUCCCAUGCCUCACCAGGACAAAAAUGACAAUCACGCAGCCGCACCCCCCAAACGCACACGCUCCGACACGAGUUCCGCCAAUACAUCGCCACAGCAUUCUCCGGGACUGGAUCACCCGAAAAUUCCCUCUUCACCCCUCCUUGACCCUGACACCACUCACGAGCUAGUGAAUUUGUUCUUUGCCCAUUGCAAUCCACACAGAUUGAUCUUCCACAAGCCGUCAUUCUCCGCGGCGCUCAGCCACAACAGGCUACCGGAGUAUCUUGUACUCGCUGUCUGCGCCGUCGCCGCGCCUCUGUCCAAGUCCGUCUCCGCUCGAGCGUCGCUAGCGCGCGUAGCAGGCGUGCCUUUCUACGAAGAGGCCGUCUCCAUCAUGUUUGAUAAUGCGGGCCGCCUGUUGAGCGAGCCGAGCCUCGCAACGGCGCAAGCCCUCUGCUUGAUGGAGAUGCACGAAGUGGCAGCGAGCCACUCGUGGACGAAACACUACAAGUAUUUUGAUCUGGCGCUGCGUGUCCUCGAGGAGAGCCUAGAGGUGCACGUGUCCGACGACCAGGUCCGCCGACCGGCGGCAUCCCCGCCGCCGGAUUCCCUGGAUACAUACAUCGAGCGCGAAUGCACGCGCCGCUGCUUCUGGCUAAUCCAAUGCAUGGGCUGGAUCAACGCGAUCUACACCUAUCGUCCGAUGCGCCCCCGUAGCGUCGAGAUGAUGGCGACGAUGCGACUUCCCAUUGAUGAAACAACGUUCGACCUCGCCGUGCACUGGAAUUCAGCGACAUCUGAGUUUCUACACGUUCCCGCGCCGCGGACGCGAUACGCGUCGCACUUUGGACAUGUAUGCCGCAUCCUCUCCAUCUACACUAACGUGCAGAACGCGCUAGCCCGGAAUGAGGGCCCAGCGCGUGAGUCUGUGAUCCGUGACUGUAGACGGACGUUGGAUGCAUGGGCAGAGUCGCUACCCGCACACCUCCGCUUCUCGGAGGAAAAUCUUGAAAAGCAGACGACCAUGUUCGAAACGAGCUCGAAUACGGGUGCCUGGUGUUUUUGCUUCAUGCACGCUCUCCACCCGUGCUGUUGGCUCGCAUUGGAAGAGGGCGAAGGGCGAUUAGGCGAACCGGUACCGUGGGUGCGCGACCAGCUAGGGAUGAUCUUCGAAGCCACUGGAACUCGGGCCAAGAAUACCAUUCUCUCCGCAUGUGUCCUUUGGUCAUAUAGCAAGUAUCACCCGGACGACAAACGGCUGCAUAAAUGGGACACAGACUUUGAAAAGGUUUGGGGAUUCCGUGUCACCGUGGUGGCCGAUCAGUGGCGGCAUGUCCAAGAGAAGGAGCGAGCCCAGGCAGCGGUGCCGGCGGCGAUUGCGAGCUCUAAACAUCGAGAUAAUGUCGCACGUCCUGGCUCAACGGCUGCGUCAGCCGGCGUGACCACCGCGCCUGUAGAAAGGAUGUCCGGAGAACUGGGUGUACAGUUUCACGGAGAUGCGAGCGUGGACGGCCGGCUGAAUGGAAGCCAGAACGCGCGUUAUCAUCGACCCGCGUUCCAUCCUGAGGCUGAGCAGGCCGCUCAGCCGCCGCACGCGCGGAAUCAGCGCGAGACGGCACAAAAUUUACCUUCGUUGAAAGCGAGUGGACUCCUCGAGGCGUCGCGGUGGAGAGCGCCUUCGGAGGCGUUCGCGAACACGCUAUCGAUCUCGUCGUUGCCGCCUCCGCUGGACAACGAUGGAAGAAUAGCAUCGCGUCACCACUCCCCUGUACGACCUGCGAAGGGACCCGCAGCGACGACACCAACUAUGCCUGUCGGACUCGAUUGGCUGGGCAAUGGCUCGUAG